AUGGAUUCCAAUUCAUAUAGGCCGAGGUCAAACUUUGUUGACCUGCUGAAUAGUCAGCAAGACACUGUCUUUGGAUUUGUUCAAGACAGUGUCAAAGUUUCUUCCUCCCAAUUUCCUGUCUUUAGCAGUCAAGCAACGGAAGAAGAAACUCCUGCAGAGCGGAAGGAAAGGAGGACAUGGACGCCUAUAGAUGACGUAGCUCUCAUCAGCGCUUGGAUAGCUGCAUACUUCGCGGCAAGUCCCAAGGUGGCAGGUUCUGGAGCUCGAGAGGCUAGUCAUUGUAAGCAGCGUUGGCAGAAGAUCAACGACCAAGUGAACAAGUUUUGUGGGGCGUAUGAAGCUGCAAGCAGCGCUAAAAGAAGGAAGCUCGAUGACUGUGCACAAUCAUCAAGCUCUCACGCAUUUGAAACCACCACUGGUGAAGAUAAGCAAGCUACCAUCCGACCACCUGGUGUUAAGGCUUCAAAGGGCCGUGGUAAUAAAAAGGAGGAUUUGGCUGUGAAUGAGUUUCAGAUUAUGUGGAACAUCAAGAAAGAGGAUUUGGCUGUCAAAGAGAGGCUCUCGAAGAUGAGGCUACUUGACUCAUUAAUCGCUAAACAAGAGCUAGCUGAGUAUGAAGAAGAUCUGAAGAAGAAGCUCAUUACUAAGUUGCUCUCUAAUUAG